AUGCAUCUUCCUUCGCUUGUAUCGCUCGCAACCCUUUUAGUUGCAAGCUUGGACGCCGCGCAGGCUAAAGUCCACAAGGCAAAAGUAUUCAAAGAUAGACCAAGUUCCAAGGACGGCGAGUUUUUGGUAGGUCAAAGUGCCGAACAUUUGAGUGACAAGUAUGUUCAACAAUAUGCUAAGGCAUAUCCGGAGGCAAACUCCAUCCUCGAGCAGCACUAUCUCUCGAGGCUAGCGUCAAGCGAGGAAGACGGCGUAUGGUCGCUCGAUGGCCAUGACGUCCCUCUAUCGAACUAUCUAAACGCCCAGUAUUUCACGGACAUUACACUAGGAACUCCUCCCCAGAGCUUCAAGGUGAUACUGGACACGGGAUCAUCGAACUUGUGGGUCCCUGGCGCCGAGUGUGGAUCUCUGGCCUGUUUCUUGCACUCCAAAUACGACCACGAGUCGUCGUCCUCGUACAAGGCCAACGGUACCAAGUUUGCCAUCCAAUACGGCACGGGAUCUUUGGAGGGCUAUAUUUCCCAGGAUACAUUGAGCAUCGGUGAUUUGACUAUCCCUAAACAGGACUUUGCGGAGGCCACAUCGGAGCCGGGGCUCACCUUUGCGUUUGGUAAGUUCGAUGGAAUUUUGGGGUUGGGUUACGACACCAUUUCUGUUGACAAGGUGGUCCCACCCGUUUACAAAGCUAUCGAACAGAAAUUACUGGACGAGCCGAAAUUUGCCUUUUACCUGAAUGAUGCCGACAAUGCGGAGGAGUCGGUGGGCGAAGUCACUUUUGGCGGUAUUGACGAGUCGAAGUUCAAGGGCGAUAUCACCUGGUUGCCUGUUCGCCGUAAGGCCUACUGGGAAGUUAAAUUCGACGGUAUUGGGCUAGGCGACGAGUACGCCGUGCUCGAGAACACUGGUGCUGCUAUUGACACUGGUACCUCCCUGAUUGCCCUUCCAUCAGGUCUUGCCGAGGUUUUGAACUCGGAGAUUGGUGCCAAAAAAGGCUGGACUGGACAAUACACAGUGGAAUGCGAGUCGAGAGAUCAACUUCCUGAUUUGACUUUCACCUUCAAUGGUCACAAUUUCACCAUCACGCCUUAUGACUACACUUUGGAAGUUUCUGGCUCGUGUAUCUCUGCCUUUACGCCAAUGGAUUUCCCAGAGCCUGUGGGACCUUUGGCCAUCAUUGGUGAUGCCUUUUUGCGUAAGUUUUACUCCAUCUACGACUUGGGCAACAACGCUGUAGGUUUGGCCAAAGCCGUCUAA